AUGGGUACUCAGAAACUUGUUCUUGGUGUAGUCUUUUUUGUGAUUUUAGGCAUUGGCAUUGGCAUUUCCUCCGCCACCAGAUCACUUUUCACUUAUGAAGGUGCUGCCGGUGGUGGUGGUGGUGGAGGUGAACAUGUAAUGCCUGGAUAUGGCGCAUAUGGAGGUGGGGGUGGGAGUGGGAGUGGUGGUGGUUAUGGAGGAGGAGGUGAACAUGGAGGAGGAUAUGGUGGUGGUGGUGGAGGUGAACAUGUAAUGCCUGGAUAUGGCGCAUAUGGAGUGCCUGGAUAUGGCGCAUAUGGAGGUGGGGGUGGGAGUGGGAGUGGGAGUGGGGGUGGUUAUGGAGGAGGAGGUGAACAUGGAGGAGGACAAGGUGGUGGUGGUGGUGGUGGUGCCGGUGGAGGACAAGGUGGUGGUGGUGGUGCCGGUGGAGGACAAGGUGGUGGAGGUGGAUACGAGCACGGUGGUGGGUGUGGAGGUAGUGGUGGUGGUGGUGGUACAGGAGGUGGUUCAGGGUAUGGUGGUGGUGGGUCUGGAGAACAUGGUGGUGGGUAUGGAGGAGGAGGUGGUGGAGGGAGUGGAGGGGGUAGUGGUGGAUACUAUGGGGGUGGUGGACAGCAUGCAGGAGGUUAUGGUGGAGGUGCAGGCGGUGGUAGCGGUGGUGGGUAUGGGGCUGGUGGAGGAUACGGUGGCGGAGGUGGUCACGGUGGUGGAGGCGGUGGAGGAUCAGGGGAUCAUGCUGGCGGAUAUGGAAGUGGUGGUGGAGAAGGUGGUGGUGCAGGUGGGGCAUAUGGUGGUGGUGGAGGUGGUGUUCCCCCAAUUAUUUUCGGCAAUUCCCCUAAUAGUACAGUCCGCUUUGACGAAAUCCCUGCUCUCUCGCUUGACGGUCGUUCUCCCACAUAUUAUUACCGCUAG